CACAGCCCUGACACCUGCAGCAUACAGUACUACCAGAAACAAGGACACAAGCUCUCUCAAACAGGUAAGACACUAGCUGCCUCUAGGCAUUUUGUAAUCACAUAGGCUACAAUAAUAUCUGGGAUGAGAAACUGACUAAUGUUUCAUUCACCAAUAGUAUUUUUUCUCCCAUUAACAGCCUACAGCCCAGUCAUGAAGGUCUUAGUGGUGCUUGCUCUUGCUGUUUUCACUGGUGAGUGGAGAAUACGUUUUCACUGUUCAAAACUUGACUAUAGUGUUUAUAUUUUUGACAGGAAGGAAAUUGAUCAUCCUCAAUGUAACAGUAGUGUAAUAUCAAUGAAAGGAGUAAAUGUAUCAUCUCAAAUAGCCUCCAGUCUAGACUGAAAAUUAAAUAAUCCACGGUCUCUCCUACAGGGUGCAGUGCCAAUGGUCUGUGGCAGGACCAGUCUCAGCAACAGCUGGACAUGGUGAAAGAUGCAUUCUGGGACUACGUCGCCAAGGCAACACUCACAGCUGAGGACACCCUGCAGAAGAUCCGACAGUCAGAGGUGGCACAAGAAGUCAAGUAAGUCUUAAUAUGUAGAAAAUAUCACAAUAUAAUGGUGUUUCAUAACAACUGUUGAGUAACUAACUGCCUGUUUGUUAACCUCAAUAACUUGGCCUCUGUAUUGACCUUUCUCUCUCUGUCUCCAUAGCACCAUGGUCUCUGAGAGUGCUGAUGCUGUGAACCAGUACACCGUGGCCAUGCGUGGUCAGGUGACUCCUCUGACUCAGGACCUGCUGGCAAAGCUUUCCCAGGAGGCCGAGCAGCUGAAGGCUCGCCUGGAGAAGGAUCUGAGCACCAUGACAGCCAAGCUGCAGCCCUACUCUGACGAGUGGAACGCAGAUAUCCAGAGGCAGGUGGAGGAGCUGAAAAGGGACAUGACCACCUACGCAGAGGCCCUGGACUCUGAUGCCCUAAAGGCCACUCUACUCCAGAAGAGCGAGGAGAUGAAGGGAAGCCUGGAGAAGAGUGUGCAGCAGCUGCAGGCCCAGCUGGGCCCCUACACUGAGGAGCUGAAGCAGAAAAUGGACCAGAACCUGGAAGAGUUCAAAAAGAGCAUGAUUCCCCUGACCCAGAGCUUCCAGACCCAGCUGACCCAGAGAACCCAGGAGCUCCAGCAGAACCUGGCCCCCUAUGGAGAGGAGCUGAAGAAGCUGGACCCAUUGGCCCAGGAUCUGAAGACCCAACUGGCUGCUCUCUGGGACUCCUUCACCAAGAAGAUCCAGUAAUCAGACUGAUUUUACUUGAUCUACUAGAACUGUGUACUGAUUAAUCAUUUUCCAUCAAAGUCCAAAAGGGGCAAUAUGUAAAUGUAGGUACCGCUAUUAUGUUGUUUCACUGUAUCAGUUAUGGGACUCUCCAUCUCCUGAUAAAGUUGUGUGUGAUCUGACGUCUGCAUGCAGAUCUGUGAGUGUGUGUGUGUGUCUCCAUACUGGCAGGCCUCUGGGAGAUCUACUGCCUCUCUAAUGUACUAAUAGUGUGAACAUCAAUAAUGCAAAAGGCCUAACGCUCCACUCUGGAAACACGCACACACACUCUGCCAGGAGAGGUAGAAGAAAUUGAGAUUUGGAGGUGGAGAAUUUGUAAAAAAUUAUAAUAAUAACUACAAAGGCUGUUUAGACGCAGGGAUGAAUUCAACCAAACAUGCCUCAGUAAAGUUUGAAGAGUUUAAUUACAAAAUGCGAUAUAUCCAUUUUCAGAAAUGUUGGUAAAUUGACAUGAAUUAAAAAGAGAUAUUAUGAAAGAGACACAGCUAAUAUUUUUCCGUCUUACCAUUACAUGGGCUAGUGAAAAGACAGACAUGAUUUUGUUUGAAAUAUACUGCAAGGUAAUUUUAUUUUAGAGAGACAAAUAAUCUUGUUUUGUGGCAAACCGCUAUAUAUCCAACCCAAACAACAGAUCUCCAAUAGAAAAAGAAUCCCGAUUGGGUUUUAAACAGUUACAUGUAAUAAAGUAUCAAUACAUAAAUAAAUAAAUAAAUAUUAACAUAA